AAUCAAACCGAGUCUGCAAUUCUUAUGUAAUUUUGUUGUGAUUAAUGCUUCCGAGGGAUCGCUUUGUUUCCAGAUUUUUGAAAGCACAUUGACUUUAUUACAAAACCCCAUAAAUAUUAGACAUGAAAGAAACAGCAUGGGUGUUUGGCCGUAGGUAUGGUUCUUUGUCGUGAAAAUGCACCGAAUAGGUUUGCGAAACAAUCGAACUUAAUGCAAAACAUAAAUUAAAGAGACAAGGUAAUUGUACCCAAUAUUAAAAUGAAUGCGAGACGAAUUAAAUUGAUAGUGAUAAUAACAGGAUUUGGACGUAGACGAAAAAAUAUGAAAUGAAGUUACCGUAAUUCUACUUCAGAUUUCAUUCGGCGCUAACCGACACGAUCAUAUGACAUUUACAUGUUUAACAGGAAAAAUUAUAGACGCCUUUGACCAGGUUUACCUGUGAUUAUCACGUUAUGUAAACCACACAUAUAUCACCAUUUUCAGAAAAUUUAAUGUUUGCUUUACAAAUCGUGAGGGAUUGUCAAAAGGAUGUGAUUUUACAAAGUAUGCCCAUAUAAUUAUUAUAACGACACGUGAGUUAUAUCAGCAAAAGGUAUUUGCGAAACUAUAAGAGUGUUAUCUGUUCACCUUGAAUUCUGUUUUGUAAGAUUGUGCAAUUUCAUUGGUCACUACAUGAUAUCUGUCUUGUAGGGAAAAUGGCAGGAACUAUUUCAAUUCAUGACAAAAAACAACUAGAGCGUUAUAUACAAGGAGGCCCAAAACAGAUUAGUUUGUUAUACAGCUUUACUAUUGAUGGUGCAGAUUCAUCAACCUUUCAUCGACUUUGCGACAAACAAGGCCCAACAGUUACUGUCAUUUAUAACACUCAAGGUACAGUGUACGGAGGCUACACAGAGAUAAGUUGGACUUCAGAGGACGGGAAAUACUAUAGAGAUGAUCAUGCUUUUCUGUUUCAGCUAUACCGAAAUGGCAAAAAUAAUCCGAUGAAAUUUCCAGUGAAAAUGCCAGAAAAGGCCAUUUACUGCAUUAACAGCAAUGGACCGAUAUUUGAAGGAGGACAUGACAUGAAAACCUUUAGUGGAACCCUUACUAUUCAAAACAAACAAUACACUUUAAAUGGAUCUUUUUCACUUGACAGUACCUUUGACAUGGGUCCAUGUUCUAUUGAGCAGUUUUGCAACAACACCAAAACAGUCAUAAAUUUUGAAGUAUACAGUGUAUCUGAUAUACCACAACCACCCUGGAGAGAGAUCGGAUAUUGGGAACGUCAGGAUUUAGAACGUUUGAAGAACGAAAUCAAUGCCUGGUCUCCACCGCGUAGAAUUAAUCUGACCACAGCAAACAUUCUCUUCCUCGGUCCGGUUGGUGCUGGGAAAUCAAGUUUCUUCAAUACAAUUUCCUCAAUCUUUCGAGGUCAUGUGACAGGACAGGCUGUUUGCGGUAGCGCAGAACAGAGUAUCACAUCAAAGUACCAUAUGUAUCGUGUGCGAGGUUCCGCUCUGACAAAACCAAUGAAAUUUAGGCUGUGUGACACAAGAGGGAUUGAAGAAAAUCAAGGCAUUGAUGGCACAGAGCUUAAUUACAUUUUGGAGGGAAAUGUUCCAAAUGAAUACCAGUUUAACCCAUCAACCCCGAUUUCUCCCGACACAACUGGAUUUGUCGCCUCACCGACAUUGAACCACAAAAUUCAUUGUGUUUGCUUCAUAAUAGAUGGUAGCACAGCAUCAGUAAUGUCAGAGAAAAUGUUAGAAAAGAUCAAAGCCCUUCAGAGUACAGUUCGUCAAAAGGGUUUGUCACAAGUAGUCCUAGUAACUAAAAUUGACAAAGUUUGCUCUAAUGUAGAGGAAGAUGUGUCCACAGUAUUUCAGAGCGUUGCAAUUCAGGAGCUUGUUGAUACGGUUUCUAACAUCUUUGGUGUACCAAGGAAUCAUGUGUUACCAGUUAAAAACUAUGAAAAGGAAAUCAAUGUGAGGGAUGAUAUAAGUUUACUAGCGCUUUAUUCACUUCGACAAAUUCUUCGGGCAUCUGAAGAUUUCAUGUUUAACCUUCUUGAUAGAUAGGACGACGAGAGGGGUGAUUCAGAAUCUUUGGAAUAAAUGUUAUUUUUGCAAAGCAAACAUAACUUAUUAUCAUAAAAUUUACAGAUGUUAUCAUGACAUUUUGUUAGCACUCUCAAUUAAUCAGUGGACAAUUCCAUAACUAACAUUCUUAAUUAUUUUUGUAGAAAGCUUAUACCUUUAAAAUAUGGUUUAUAUAAUUUACAAUAUGUUUACAAUAUAUUCUUAAAAUUAAAAGAGAUUACAACUGAGUACUGCUUAUUGGUUAUCUGAUUUCUUCGGUCAGGACGACAUUAUGUGGCUUUUGUUAAGGCAGCAACUGCUCUUGUACAUGUUGUAAGUAAGUAAUGUUAAUGUAAGUAAAUGUUAUUAAAAUACGUCAUAAUAAAUUCGGAUUAUGUAUCUGAACAGUUUACAAGUUAUCAUACAAAAGUUGACGUUCACAAAUACAAAUAAAAACUGACUCGAGAACUAAGUUCUAUUUGUAUGAACUAAUGAAUCGUUGUAAUACAAAAUAUAGUGUGCGUUUUUUUCGACGGACUAGUACUGUUCAACUAUUACACUGAGACAUGUGUCCAUUAAACAUUUAAAUGACGAAAUUAAAUUGAGUUGACCAUUGUUUAUAUGAUUUUUCCAUACUAAACAGACUAGUCCAAUUAUAAGAUUGUUAAGACUUUUUUCACCCUUAACAAUUCUUGCACCUGACUGUUCUAAUUCUGUUUUAUAUUCUGCAUAGUAUUUAUGUGUAGACUGUUCCUCAACAUUUAUUCUAAAUAUCUCUUCUGUUUGACCUAAAUGCCCCUGAUUCUUGAGGAAAAUUUUUCAUAAAAUAUCAUGUAUGAGGAAAAAUUGAACAAAUACAAUUAAGAAUAUUGCAAGGUGUUAUGUC